CGGAAGAUUUGUUAAAGAAAGAUAGAAUGCCACCUAUUGAUCAAUUUUUCAUGUUUCUAGUGAAAAUUCGAACUGGAACCACAAAUGAAUUCCUAGGAAUAAUUUUUAAGAUAGCUUCUUCUACAGUUUCAAAGAUUUUCAAUUGUGUAACGAGAAUUGUUUUCUACUAAGCUUAAAUGUGUGAAUAUAUGGCCAAAAAAAGGCCCAAGUUAAAGAGUUCAUGCCUCUGCAAUUCUUACAUCAAUAUCCAAAUUGCCGAGUAAUCAUUGAUUGCACAGAGCUCGAAAUACAGAGGCCAUGCAAUCCUACAGAACAGCAACUAACUUUCAGCUACUACAAAAAUGCCAAUACGCUGAAAGCACUAGUUGGCAUCUCUCCUUCUGGAGCAGUCACCUUUAUUUCAGAUUUGUGGGUGUCAUUUAAAAAAAUACUGCACUUUUUGAAAGGAAACAUUCAGUUCACUCUUGAACAAAGAAGUGAAAAUAAAGCUAUUUCCAAUAAAAGAGUGCAUAUUGAACGGGCAAUAGGAAGAAUAAAAAUAUUCCGCUAUUUUGAGGGAGCUAUUCCAUAUAAUAGCCUACAUAAUUUAAAUGAGGUGUUUUUUAUUGUUGCAUUUUUAACGAAUUUUAAUAAACCUCUGAUAAAUGUUUUACCAUUAAAUUCUGAAAAAAAAAAAAAAUAGUUAGAUGGUUAAUGUAUUCCCAAAUAUGUGUACAUAUAUUUUACUUCAUACCAUUUGUUAAUGGAAAUUUUUUUUUUUUUUUAUAAAUCUGUGUACUUUUUAAAAUCUUAU